UCUACGGUGGGCGGGAAAGUCGAUGGAAGUUUUCAGCCUUUUUAGACUUGUUGCGUUACUGGCGUCUCGCCCAGCGCCUUUUACACUUAUUGACGCGCCUAAAUGCAUCGUAUUCUCUGUUAUAUAUCUGAUAUAAAGCGUGUUUUGACGUGAGGUGCUUUUCCGUUUGACCUUGGCUCCGGAGUCCGUCUGAAAACCAAAUGCUAAGCUAAAAACAACUAGCUCGUUGCUCCACCACUGGUCCGUGUGAAGUUUAUGUUCGAUUAAUUCUCAUUUUAAGUUGUAAACGAGGGUGUCAGAUGGUGGUCCUGAGGGAAGGGAUGUGUCCAGGACUGGACGAAAGUCUGGUUCGAGACUUGCGGUCAGCGGAGAUUAAAACAGUGGAGGACCUGGUCUCGGCUGACGUAGAACGACUUGCCCAGAAAUGUUCCGUCUCAUAUAAGGCUUUGUUUGCCAUCCGCAGAGUUCUGCUAGCCCAGCACGCCGCCUUCCCGGUGUCGGCCGCCGACCUGUACCAGGAGCUGUUGAGCUCCACGGCGAUCCUCUCCACCGGACACCCGAGUCUGGACCAACUUCUCGGCUCUGGUCUGUACACUGGGGAGUUGACGGAGGUUUGUGGAGGUCCAGGAAGCGGCAAAUCUCAGGUUUGUUUCGGUGUCUCUGUCCACAUCUCGCUUCGUCUGAAGCAGCGUGUGGUCUUCAUCGACACCACGGGAGGUUUUUCAGCAACUCGUCUUCUUCAGAUGUUGCAAGCGGAGACCAGCAGUGAGGAGGAACAGACGGAGGCUCUUCACAGGAUCCACGUCUUCCGCGCCUUCGAUGUUUUCUCGCUUCUCGACCGUCUGUUCCAGCUGCAUGGCGGCGGAUUCAGUCAGGUGUGUGUGGGCGGCGGCUCCGUCAGGGCCGUGAUUGUGGAUUCGGUGUCCGCUGUGAUCUCGCCGCUGCUCGGCGCUAAACACGGUGAAGGGAUGUCGCUGAUGAUGCAAGUGGGCGGACCUCUGAAGACAAUAGCCAAGGACUUUAACAUGGCCGCUCUGGUGACCAAUCAUGUGACACGUAGCACCAGCGGCGAGAUGAAGCCGGGCCUCGGCAUGUCGUGGAGUCACGUCCCCAGAACCAGGAUCCUGCUGCAGAGACUCGACGGAUCAUGUUCUGCUCCGCCCUCCACCUUGAGAACUGGCACACUGAUCAAGUCGUCCAGACAGCCUUGUGGGACCAAAGUGGACUUGGACCUGCAGCAGUGGACUCAAGGGCCAGACAGGUUGACUGGGAAGAGGAAACUGGACCAGACGGAGCCAUGACUCAGAUGUUUGAUUCCUAAACAUCUUCAAUAUGGCCACCCUUCAGAACAUGGCGAGUCGUUUCAGGCAAACUAAGACCAAGUUUUUCUCUCCGACACCUCUUUUUUUAUUUGACUCACGUUUCUGUUCAAGAAAUUCUACAUCAGCCAAACUGAGAGUCUCAGCUCUGCUCAGGAUCAGAGCCUGAUCCGCGUUGUGGAUUAAAAACCCGAGUCAGUUAAAAAGCACUGUGGUGUUGGUCAGCAGGGCGGCACCACGCGGCGCUUCUUGAUACACUCCCAGAUCCAGUUCUCCGUCACUCUCUGCGCCCGGCCAUCCUUGUCCGGUUCCCCCAGCGUGUGCGUGGCUGAGCUGGCGUCAAAGUCAGGCACCAAGUCGCCAUCAUACGCCAGGAAGUAGCGGCGGAGCUUGUGGAAGUCCUGGAUGGAUUCAGGGAGGAAGAGUUUGACCCCGCUGAAGAUGUCCAGCAGCGUCUGGGUGGUAACACAAGUUUUUCGUUAAAGACUUGCAGUAACUUUAUAAUCCUCAUCGUCCUAAAGCCACACUAACUCAUAGCUCAAACCUGAACACGAAGGUCAAGAGUUUGAUCAUUCAACUCUAAAACUGAAUCAAAGCUUUGAUUCACAGUGAAAGAGAGACUCGUGAGGUGUGACUGGUGAAGUGGAGAAGAGUCGUCACCUUGUCAUUGCUCUUCAGCAGCUGUGCUGUAGGAACUUUGGGUUUGGUCCCGUUGCUGUGGACAGUUUCGAUCUUCUUCACCUGGAAACACAAAACCUCUUAACGCUGAAGCAUGGGCGAGACAAGUCGCACAGGGGGUGGUCGGCACCUUCUUGGCACUUGGAGCUUCAGCCGCAGGGGUACGAGGCUCGGACUUCACUGCUUUGGGUUUGGACGCACUGCUGACACCUGGUGGCGAGAGAGAGAGACGGGAGUGAUGCGGGAACCUCUAGUUCUUAGUGUGAGAGCCGCUUACUGCUCUUUUUUGGUGUGGCGCCCCCUUGUGACGUGUUGGGAGGAGAGUUGCCCCGGCUGUCCCCUGACGAACUCUUGUCGUCGUUGGUUCCUGACGGUCCUGCCGUCACUUGGAAGUCGCAGUUUUCCUUCGACACACGGAAGAGUUCCUGGCAGGAGAAGAAGAGUGUGACAAUCGGAAAAGGAGUAGUGUCAGGUAUGAUUUUUAUGUAUCAUGAUGAUAUGCUAACAUAAGGAGAAACAUUUUAGACUGCACAUCGUUGAAUAUAAAAAUUAAAAACUAAAAAUCGGCAACAAAAAGUGAUUCCGCCGUACUUUGAGCUGCGGUAGGUUGGUGGCGGUCUUCCAGUCUUUGUCGUCACGCACUCUGGUCAUGCGUGGGAAGCGAAUGGAGAUCCCGUCGGCCGUGUGCAUCUCUGACUUGGAGAACUCCGCUCCAGUGAUUUCCCACACAGGCGCCUCCUGAGUGAGGAAAAUAAAAACGGGAAAGUGCCGAGUCAGCAUGUUUAGGAUUAUGGUGUCUCAGCGGCAAAGCAGAUAAAACCGCUCUCAAAACUGAUCAGUGAAAUUAUGAAACAUCUUUCGCUGUGUUUUUUAAAACGUCUAGCUUUUAUUUGCCGAAUCAACUGCUGCAACCUGGCGCUCCUUUCUGGUCACAUUGAACGAUUUGCCACGUCCCACUGGGGAUUUACCCUUUUCAUUUCUUCUACUGAACCUGUUCUUCAAACUAACGCAGUUGGUAAUAGACAAAAGAAUAAGUGUGUUUAUGGAUGUAACGGUGUAAGACAUGGAGUGUGGCUGGAUACACCACCGUGUGAAGGUCUGUGUCGAAGACUGAGAAGCAGAUUCUCACCUCAGGGUUCCGAAUAAUGAAGUCUGGAUAGUAGUUCUUGAUGACCUUCAGCCAGCCGGGGAUUUUACUGGGGUCCUGCAGAAACAUGAGAGUCGGUCCAUUUCAAGGUUUCUAGACCUCCAGAGACUCUGGCUCCUCACUGACCUUGCUGAUCUUGAUGACGUCCAGUUCCUUCUGCAGCCGAGCCAACAUGGCAUCGUCGUAGCCGCCAGAACACUUGGUGACGGUGCACCAUUUCUUGGAGUGGGGGUCGUAGCAGCCCAUCAGGAAACUGGACAUGAUGCCCCCUAGGGGUGGAGGAGCAGCAAUCUACUGUUAUCUUGAUGGAGAGAAAACGCGGUGAGAAGGUUCCACCAACCGUUGGAUCCUUUCCCAUAGAAAGCUCCCAGAACCACCAGGUCCGCCGUGUCAGCCAUCGCUCCCUCAUUUAAGUAGUCCUUCUUCACCUUCAGCCAGUGCCUCUUGCCCGGCUCAUACGAACCCUGAGCAGAGAGCAGUUAGUAAAGACCUUCACUGUGGGCCUCAAGCCCUCGUCUCACCUUCACGUCCUUCAGCACCAAACCCUCGAGUCCCUCUCUGAUGACCCGAGUGAUCAUGUCGGCCAGAUCCCCUGCCCUCUGCCACACACACACAAAGUUGAAUUAUCUGCGGAGCUCCUGGGGGUCUGUGCAGCAGACUCACCGUCACGUGUUUCAUCUCAGAAAACAAAAUCCUGUUGGUCACCUCCACCAUGUUGUCGUGAAGGAACUUCCUGCGUUCGCUCAAAGGCCUGAACACAAACAUCAAGAAUUGAAAUGAAAAUUGAUUCCAAAGAUGAUGGAAAACAAUCCUCUCUACUGAGAAAUAUGACGUUCACACUGAGCUUCAUAUCCGUUGCGAGUAAUGAUGCAUGUGUCAUCAAAUGUCAAACUGUGACCUUAAAUGAGGCCCUCAUCUUGAUCUGCAGAUGUUACCAGUCACUGACCCUCGCCUUGAUAAACCCCUCAUUGUGCCGCAUGCUUCAUUCGCGUUCGCUACCAGUGUUUGAGACAGUGACUAGGAGAAAGACAUCACCUCUCCAUCAGGCUCACGCCGUUGAAGUAGAUGCAGUCAAAGACGAACAGACAAACGUUGGCAUCUUGAAAAGCAGCUUUCUGCCACAGAGAGAUCGAAAUGAGCAAGAUUAAAUCUGUAUACAAAGCCAAAGCAGUCGUGAAGUUCUCACCUUGUGGACUCCCAGAGUCCCGAAUGGUAGUGGCUUGCUGGUCUUGGUGUCUAUCAGGAGAACCUCAGCGUCCAGGAUCAUGCUGUGUCCUCCAGGAAAGGCCUGAGGGAUGUAGUCCUUGAAGUGGGCCACCUGAACACAACAUCUCUGCUUAGAUAGUCAACGGUUGAGAGGACUUUGGUGCCAUCUUGUGGUAAGAGAGAAAGACGUGAAAACAAGUGAAAGAAUUCGCAAGGCUGUUGCUAUGGAGACGAGAGAGCGCUAGCUGGCAUGCCCGUGUACCUUGUGGGGCAGCACUGGCUUGAGGCUGCGGCUGAAGUAGCUGAAAUUGUCUCCAUUCUUGUGGACCUGAACUCGUUCGCCGUCGUACUUGAUCUCAGAGUACAUGCCGUUGGGACAUUUCUUCAUGGCGUACUCGAUGGAUUUACAAGCCUCAGCCUAGAAAAUAAACACACACACACCCAUUGACUUCAACAAUCCCUUUCAUCUUGUUCCCGUCUUCACUGCAGUUGUGUUUGCACUCACCAGCAUUGGCUGCACGGGGGUCAUGAGUGAAGCCUCGAUGGUCAGAAGUUUGCGAGGUCCCGACCCGUUGGACGCCUCCUGCUGGUUCCUUAACACGCGUUCAAUCACGUCUCCGAGGUUCCGAGAGGCCUUGAAGGCAUCGUAGGCGUUCAGAUCGACGGCAUCUAGACUGAGUCGGUAACACAAAGUCAGAGGUGAUGAAUUUAUUCAAAUGGUAUUUUAGAAGAAGCAUUCUUACACGUGCUUGGCUCCGGCGUUCAUCUUCAAGUCAUGCUUGAUCAGACGGAUGAUGCAUUUGAGGUCAUUGCUGGUGCAUCUGGUGAUAAACAGGUCAUGUGAUUAAUUCAGCUCUAAAUUUAUGGGUAGUCCUGUCUUCCUCUGUUUAUGUUUGAUCCGUUUAAAAGAAUAGAGAUCUGAGUCUGUGACCACGUAACA